UUCAUUUCAGUGGAGCAUGGCGUUUACCUAGAGAAAUGGGAAACAAUCGACUAUAACCGUGUUGAAUUUCUGAAAGCAGAUCCUCGUUAUCCAGAUCUACCUAGCUAUACAACUUGUUUUCCCACGUUUGAGCAGCCCUCGAACUGGGACGACUUCUUCGGAACUCGUUUAAGAACAUAUUUUGUGCCUACUGAAAACGGCAUCCAUUACUUCAUGAUAUGUAAGUUGUUUUCUUUGGCAAUGAAAGACAUUCGUCACUGACAAUCUUCGGAUUGAAAUGUAGUGUGAGUAAAUACGAGAAAAUACUAGUGGCAACGAAAAGUUAUAGGCUUGUAACAAAGUUAAGGGUGAAAAUUUAUUUUCACCUUAUUGUCUGGCAAUUCUUCCAUAACAAACGCAGCUUUUAUUUUCUAAAAUAGAAACUAAAAUCCCCGCUACGACAACUACCAAAACGAGCUUAUUAUCAGAUCUUAUGAAUUAUAUUUAUCUUGUCAUGGUUUGAAUUGAGAGACCCAUCAGUGACAUUGACCACUCCUUUGAAUGGUUAAAAAUAAGCAAAACCUUCUAAUUUUUGCAGGUUUAAAAAUCGUGGAAAGAAUUAAUAACAAAAUUUUAGUGCCCUUACGCUUUGCAAUGCUGUAAUACUUUGUUAUAUUCACGGGAACCCAUUUUUUGUUGCUGCUGUAUUACUUUGGAAUGACUGAAAUGUUUUACUUAAUUAACAGCAUCUAGAGGUGGAAGUGAUCUGUUCCUCAGUACAAAUUACGAUCCUAAGAACAAGGCUCUAAUUUGCGCUGUACAAGCAGGAUUUUCGACUGGACAGUAUGAGUAUGACAGGUGGGAUAUUUGUCCCGGGUGGGGGGGGGGGGGGUACUCCCUAUGAUGCCCUAUAGGGGAAGGCUUCGCCCGACAGGGGUAUCCCCCGGGGAUAUUUGUAGCUUUUUUAUGAUUAUCACUUUUUUGUAGUCUUUUUUUAAAAAAACAAAUUCCAAAUCCUUGAAAGGGGGGGGGGGGGGGGGGGGUACUCCCUAUGAUGACCUAUACGGGAAGGCUUCGCCCGACAGGGGUAUCUCCCGGGGAUAUUUGUAGCUCUUUUAUGAUUAUCACUUUUUAGUAGUCCUUUUAUAAGAAAACAGAUUCACAAUCCUUGAAAUAUCUGAACCGAUCCGGUGACAAUUUUGGUGAUUUCCAUCUGAUUUCAUAAGUACGCUUUUCACCCUUUUAGUUUUCUGGCUAUAGAUGCGGUUUUCAAACAACUUUUUCGGUCUAUUCCCUCUUCUAAAUUUUAAAAAACUCAGAGUAGGGUAAUGAAGGCAUAUAAACAGCGUUAUACGAUUUUCUUUGGAACGCGGGCAAAAAUCCAUAAUGCCUUCCAGUCAUCUGUAAAAUCGUCUUUGGGCCUGAACAUGGUAUUUCUGACCCAGAUUUGAGUAUAUGUCAAGCUUUGACGUGUUUUUUCUUUGACCUAAUUUAAUGUCAUCUCUCUAGUAAUAAUUUCGUUUAUGGGGUCACAGUUUUCAAUCGCAGUCUAUUCGACAAACGACCAGAAACAAGUCAGUACCCCAGAGAACUUGACCUCAGUAUGGGAGAUCGUGGAUAACUAGAAACACAUUUUUUUUGCAUUUCUCUUCUUGCCGUAGGUUCAAAAAACAGACCUCAAACGCAGUAUAUAUGAAGAAGGGAAAAUACUAUUACAUGGAGGCUCUAAUGAAAGAUGACCAUCAGAAGGAUCAUUUGGAAGUUGGUUUAAAAACACCAAGUGGAAAAGUUUUCGAAGUGAUACCAUCGGAGUUCCUUUGGACCACUCUCAAACAAAUGAAGAGUCAGUAUAUAUAUUUAGUUAGUUCAAUUUUAUCCUUAGUUUAAUUUUCAUUUUUCUUCGUUUGUUUGCGUGGUUAUGUUGGAUAGUCAGAGUUAAAAAGUGGGAAUAAAACCAAAAACCAAAGGAAAAAGAUGAACGUCAACUAACGUAACGUUUUUAGGCUAAUUUGGAAGCCUAUUCAAUGAAGAUUGACCUCAAUCUUCUCAGUCAUCUGCUUCUCUCCUAAUUCUGUCGACCCUUUCAGGGUAUAUUUUCUUUUCGUUUCUUUCAAGUUUUAAUAGAGACCAGAAAGAGAAUAACCAUCGAUCCCGCUGGAAAACGCGGCUUAGAAUUAGGAAAUUUUAAAGAUGACACGGUCGUCCAAAGCGAGCGAAGAUAUUCGGUUGCUCCACAAAGCCGUGAAAUUUUAAUGUUUGUAUAGUGUGGGGCAAAAACUUUCCACCCUUCUCCCUCACCAUACAAAUGUCUGUAAAAUUCUGUGACUUUUCUGAGCUUUAUCUUCGUUACUUUUCAACUCAGAGGAAUAUCUUUCAAUCUAGGCAGCUUUACUGAUUUUAAGACCGUUCUCUUCAGCCGUGUUGGUGGUUUUUUGCUAACUAACACCAAUCAAAGUUGACAAAGAACCGUGGAUGUUUCUAUUAAAACUAACUUAAGUGCAUUUCCCUCUUAGAACCUAACACGACAGAAAGUAAGGUGUUAAUUACGGCUGCAGCACAAUCAGGAGCGAAAGCAGGUAAAUUUUAUGGAGAAAAAUGGGCGAAGGAGUCUGGUGCAGAAGCAGGGUACACGGCCGGUGCCAUGGCUGGAAGGGAAGCUGGAACAUCAGCAGGAGCUAGUGCUGGUGAGAAGGCGGCCAUUAAAACAAUAACAAAAGCACUGGAAGAUGCAUUGAAUAAACUUCGCGGUGAUGAUGGACACAAAUUUAAGAUCACUGUUAAGGACGGCACAGUGGUAUCGGUGACUGGUCCUGGAUUGGAUAAUGAACCUGUUGGCAGUUCUUCUGGAUCUACAGGUUAUUCGUGGAGUGUGGGAGGAGGUGGUGGGGAGGCCGGUGCAGCCAAAGGAGCAGGAGGAGUCAGUGGAACCGGUGGUGGUGGGGGAGGGAAAGGUGGAUGGGGUGGGGGAGGAGGGCAAGACAGAGGAGAAGGGUGGGGAGGGGGUGGAGUUGGAAAUAGUAAAGGAUUAGGGACAGGUGGAGCCGGAGAAGAAGGAACCGGUGAAGUAGGUGCAGGAGGAGGUGACAGGGGAAAUGAAGAAGCCGGUGCAACUGGUGGAACUCAAGGUGGAAGAGUUGGGGGUCGUGGAGGAGCAAUGGGAGCUUCCGGUGGUACCUGGGGUUUCGGAAAAGGUGGAAACUUUCAAAACAAAACGGGUGGCGGCGCCAAUUCUAAGUCUUCAAUGCCUCCUAAUGCACAUAGAAAGGUGACUUAUAUUCCAAAACAAGGAGAAGAUCCUCAGACAAUGGCAAGAUCACUGGUAUGGAGAGCUGGCGGUGCAUCCAAAAGUAAGUUAGUCGUACUGGUAUUUAUCUUGCAGAAAAUGGAUAAAAAUAAGCACGUGACGUCCUAGUACAUCUUACAGAGAUUCCAGCUUUUGUAUCAUGAACCAUAAUAGCUUUUCUUUUUUCCUGAUUUUUCAUAAGAAGUCUGAAACUUUUCAACAAAUGCUCAACCUUUUCUUGUACCAUAAGUUUUAUUUGAUAACUUCAAGGAAGAAUGUGAUCGCGAUUUAUGACAAUGAGAUGUGAUCAGCUUAGUCUUAUACUCUGAUAUCAAAACUACGAUUUCUUCUUUCAGUUGUGGACAAAGGAAUGUAUACAAUUCAUUCAGGCCUAAUACCAUUCUAUCAGGAAAACUUCACUCUCAAUUUCUGCUGGCGAUCGUUUGAUGGGCAAAUGUUCUUGAAGCCUGUAUGCAACGUUUUCAUUGCGCACGUUCCAGGUUUGUAUAGUGGACAAAGUGAUGGGAAUGAGGAUAGUGUUUCGUUUGAGUCAGCUUGCGCGCCUGGGUAUUUUUUGAGACAGAAGAACUAUAGACUGCUGAUUAAGGAGAGAGAUGGAUCAUCUCUUUUUGGUAAGUCAUUGAAAGAUUUUAGUGCAUGAACUUAGUCUAAUAACCAUUAGGUUAAAUACAAUUUUUGUCGAUCUAUUUGGAAGAAAAAGGAAGACCUAGGAUAAAAUACAGAACCGAUCAAAGGGCUUAAGCUUGAAACCUACGACUUGCUUGUCCAAAAAAAAAAUCAUUUUUUCCGGUUACAAAAUAUCAACUAGAUUCAUGAAUUUGGCCAGUCAAAAGCAAUGCCUAUAAAUUACUUCAGAAAUAAGUGACCAGCGGCUCUUUCGUUCUUGUUUCAGUUUUUGUUUGUGUCUUAUAAAUUUGCUGCCUUUGGGUCGCCGAGGAUAAGGCAAAAAAAAUCAAUUUUUAUAAUCGUUAGCUUUUAUGUUCAUAAUAAAUGCGAAUUUUCUAUUACAUUCAGAUUGAUAGGAAUGCUAUUGACUAUUGUGCAUGUUCAAGUCCAAAAAGGCUAAAAAAGAUUUAACAAAAACGUCUGAUGGGGUUCACAUAUACCAUUGCAAUUUAUUAUAACCAUGAUGACCAACUUCACUAGAACAUAGCUAUCUAGUUCUGCUGUAGAACAUAGCCAUUUUGGGGGACCAAGUGACACCCGUCACUUCACAAUCGUAACAUUUUCUUGUUUUUAAAUUUGGAUUUGAAUCUGAACAAAUGCAGGAGUUUCGCCUACUGUUUUCGGAAAGCAAAUAAUCCCUGAACUGUCUAUCACAUCGCGCAGCAUUAAAGUAUUCAGCAGCUUUAGUUUGCUAUUGUUCCUUUUUAGUUCCCUGCCUUUUUAAUUUUUGUUUUUUUAGAUAAAGAUGCGUCAUUCUAUAUUUACUCAGUCAUGAAGUAUUUCCGAAAUUUUCUCUUUCACUCCAUGCACGAUGACUGGUACAUCUGUGAAAGUGAUCAGCGCUCAUCAAAACUAAGGACAGUCCGACAAAAGAUUAAAAUAGUUUUGGACUUUUACAAUGGCGACCCGGAUGUCCUCGAUCGUUGUACCUUCUUGCUUUACCCAAUACCUCCAAGCAUGAGUAAGCUAAAAAACUGUCAAGGUGCGAUUGGGCCCGUGUCACUUAACACCAUCAAUGGACAAGCACCUCCUGAACCGCCUCCUUUGGUGCCUCCAAAACCAUCAGUGCCCGUCUUGCCUGCUUGUUUGCCAACAUGCCCGGUUAUAAAACCAGCAGGGAAUUCAACAUCUCCAACUCCUAGACGUGAGUCACGGUAGUGUUAAAUUACACUACGAGUAGUCCCCAUUUUUCCUCAGGGAUAGUAGAGCGAGCGAAACGCGAGCGCGCGUGAAAAUCACCCCACACGAGAAAAGGCGACACGCUGCAUCUCGCCUUUUCUCGCUUGGGGUAAUUUUCACGGGAAUUCGCGUUUCGCUCGCUCUACUAUCUCUGAGGAAAAAUGGGGACUACUCGUAGUCUAGUGUUAAAUGGACAUGCCGCUCAAUCCCUCUUGAGGAGAGAUGGGCCAAUCAACUAAGUUUCGUUCAGGGAGGGUUCGCCCAGAGGUCCAACCUGGCCACUUAACCUUUUAUAUUGCACUUGCCACUAAAACGGUAACCCUUUUAUUCAUAUUUCAUUGAAAAUGCCUGAACUAGUGGUACUCCUUUAUAUACCUUUAUAAAGCUAUUUUGGUUAUUAACGGAGCGACUUUAACUCGUUUUUCUAUUGAGUAACCUUAAUAUAUGUGAAUGGAUAAGCCGCAAGACGAGACAUUUCGAGAGACUUUGAAAGACUCUUUUGACUUAUAAAAUCCUUAAUUGACAGUUUUUCCUUGCUCUUAUUGUACCUCAUCCCUUGUAAUCCCAACCCUUCAUAUAACUAGAGCAAAAAAUUGAUAAUAAUAACACUAAUUCGAGAUAGAAUUACUAAAAAAAUUGGUUAAUAUAACCAUGAAACCAAAAUUCGAAUGAAACCGAGUUCGAAUUUAGAUAUUUCACGGGGAUUAACAACUUAAAAUGAUGAUUGGAUUCCCUUACAAUAUGAGCCGAGUACUUUCUCAGCUACACUGUGCAUAAUGUACUUGCAUUUGAAUUUUACAGAAUGGUGUGUCGCUUUGAAUUUCAUCAACAAUUUUGGUUUGCCUUUCAAACUCUUCUCAUCGCUCAAACAUGAAGGAUAUUUUAUUACUGGGCCUGGCUUCAGACUUAAACUUAUUAUAAAGCGACCCGACCUUCAUAGCCACGUGACCUUCAAUGCUGUUGACAUACCAGGAAGAGAACUUUUCCUAAACGGACAAACAAGUGUUUCAGAGCCAGUGGUCUUAGGUUGUCCUGUGUUUUUGAACGUACAUGUUACAGCAAGUCUAGGUAAUUCUGGUUGUCGAGCUUAAGAUAACUCUUCUUAAUUUACCGUAUGAAACGCUGCGGCGUGCAAUAAAUUUUUAGUGGCGUUUAUGAUGCGGUGUUUAUAACGACUCGAUAUCUCACUUUUUUGCUGAGAUAGAAUCGUAGUUGUUUGGCUUUUGACAGUUAACCGAGUUGUAAGGUACUAGUACUUAUUAUCAAUUUUUAUAUCAUUUUCGGAAAACGCCGCUUCUUCUGAUUGGGCGCGGCGUUGAUUCGAGGACGGUGCAAAUUAAAGACGCGAAAUCAGUGUGGUAUAGUAACAUACUCAGAGCCAAGAUUUUUCUAUUUCUUUUACUGUUGUGCGGAAGUGUUUUUUUCUGUAGGUGAGUAAAUGCUAACAAGGCAUACGGAUGUUCCAAAUAAUCUAAGUCGCGGUUUGUUUGCAGAAUGCCCAAGCAGAUGUACCAACCGAGUAGUGUGCUUCUGGAUUCAUUCCUGUCCGUCACAUUGUUGUAAGGCUACUGUUGCUUGAAGUUAUUCAAAAGAAAAAACGCUGAACAGCAGGUGAUACAAAGAGGGAGAACGUCUGCUGUGGAAAAUUUUUUAUCAUUACUUGACUGCAAAUGAACAACUUUUUUAUUGUUUUUCAACAUAGCAAUGAGAUUAUUGCGACGAAUCUACGUAUAUAUUUGUUUGAACAACACUAUAGAAUAAACUUUGAUUGAAUGAUGUAUAGACCUUUGCUUCAAUGGCGCCGAUAUACAGUUGUUGGAUGAGGCUGAAUAUGAUAUCAAAAAAUAUACCUAAAGAGGACCGAAGAGUGGUGCAGACUAUUAUAGCCAAAUAAAAGAGUGCUGCAAUCAAACGUGAGAAGGGAAAGUCUGAACUGCGUACUAUUAGGUUAUGCUUACACCAUACAGAAUAGCUUUCUCGCCGGCACGAAGACCGUAUCUGAUUAAGAACAGUGAUUUCGGCGCGCAAAGCUGCGUUACCCCGAUCUCUAAAGUGGAGAGUCACAAAUCGGAUAGGUGUUCACACUGAUACCAGAUAGCUUUUCGUGUGUUGUCCCGAAAAGCUACCCGCAUAGUAUAGACAUACAUCUUAGAUUGCCUACAAAACAGGUUUGUCAUAUAUGUCUUGCAAGUCAACUCUUCUUCUCGUAAAAUGAAAAUUGCUUAGCUACACUAAGGAAUGAGACUCGUUAAUAAAACUGUUUAUCACAAGUGGAACUGACUGGUGUUGAAUUCAGUGUUGUUAUACCUGCUCAUAGUAAGGGUAAUCCGAAAAUGUCAACAGCCAGCGUUGUAAAACAGUGGCCCGUGAACUUCAGCAAUAAAUUAAUCGGAGCCCGGAACAAGUGGAUUAUAAUUCACCGUUUUUGUGUCUUAGUUGAUGAGCCUUAGAAUCAUAACGAUCUAAAAAUUUUGAAACAAUAGCCAUGCAGUCUUCAAGGUUUGGUGGUCGCCAAAUCACAGGCGGGGACAGGUGGUUUGAAAUGUCAAUUUUCAAGCAAAAAUCGUGUACCCUGUUAUUUUUUCAAAUCCCUGGCGAUGAUGUGUUUAAAAAAUGCCGUUUACUACGCCAUCCUAUUUAUAGUGAGAUUUUCCAAAAAAAGUGGACAAAUCAAAGCAAGAGCGAAUUCAGCAGGUAAGGAUUUUUUUUCGCACUCCGCUAGCUAUGAAUCGUCUCGGACAGAAAACUUCCACUCUUCAAUAUUAUGAUAUUUAUUAAAAAAUUCAAAGUACUUGUAAUGACAUUUUUUAUAUUGGACUGAGCAAAACGUGAUUCUAAUAUUUACACCUGUAAACACAACAACAUUUUUCACACAAUUUGUGAACAAAAUAGACCAAUAUUUAUACAGCAAUUAUAGGAGCACUGAUUGUGAACAGGUCAGUAAAUAAAACAGGGAAUAAAACAAAUAAAAUUCUCGUUUAAUGAAUAACCCACUGAGAAUGGACAACAAAAAAUUGAAGUUCGAGUUUGAAAAGCUAAGAAACUUUAUAUUUUGUGCCUGAUUGUCAGUCGUUCAGAAAACUUUGCAAUAUAAAUCGAUAUGAACAUCGUACUUUGUAUCUUACUAAAACGGGGAAGAGAGUGGGCAACGACCACGCGGAAAAGGAAAUGAAAAAUGAAAACAAAACAGGGAAUAGAAAAUAAAGUUACUAAUUGUUGGGUUUUGUUCCCAUUUUUCGUUUUUCCUAUUUUUCUCCGCGAGCUCGUAUCCCCGUUCCCCGUCUUAAAGGAGCUGUGUCACGGCAGUCCAGUUCAUGUUGUUUAAUUUUGCCAAUUUUACUCGCCCUAAAUUGCUAUGGAAGCAAAGAAAUUACAGGUAAAUGACAAAAUCAGAGAUCCGAGACAAACAAAUAUGUCUCCUGAGCAUUAUUUUUGAAGUUGCAAGCAGCAGGGAUCAACUUUGAAAAACUAUUAGGCUGAACAGUUUUCAAAAACCCUAAUUUCAAUCCGUUUCAAUCUUCUUCAGGUUUUGCCCAUCCGUGACAUCUGUUGUCUCUGUUAUGUUAUUUUAACUUUCCUUUAAAGUUUUGAGCCUUUAGUUUUAUGUUUCUCUUAAUUUAAUGGGCAUUUUGUGAUUUCCUAAUUUGGCUGAAUUUCGUGACACAGUUCCUUUAAUAACAUCGCUCCGGGACCACAAACCGUUUGACUGAACUGGGCCAAUCAGGCGCGGAUCCACACCGGUUUCCACCGUUUUACGGAAAUCGGUCAGAUUUUUCUUAAAUAGAUAUAUUUUUAAUAAAUAAACUUUCCAAGUUGCAAGGCUUUAUCCAAGGUGAAUGGAACUGGCCAAUAUCCUAUCUGAGUGACUCGGAACCCCGAGAAAGGAGACUUUAGGGAGUUAAAAUAUAAAACAUUUACCGGGGGAGCAUGCCCCUGGACCCCCAAGAAGCUUGCGUUUUCGGCGCUCGUUGAGGAAAUCGGUCAGCAUUUAUCCUAGAUCCGCGCCUGACAAUUGCCGACCUUUUGACCGCAUUUUUGUUAACAUAUACAAAUUUACAUAAGACGAGGCUCACGGUCAUUCCGGCCUAUUUGUCUCUGGAGGUGCAGCAAUUGAUAUCCCCUAAUUUAUUCAAGGGAAAAUUAAGGGACCUGAAUUUCAAUUGUCCAAAAGCAGGUGUUUUCUUUUCAUCUUUAUUAUUUUAGUUUUUAUCUUGGAUUCUAAAUUAGUUAGGUAGUUAGUUUUCUAUACUCGAAUGUAAAUGUGCCUGAAGGAAAUACCGUGUAUAAAUAAAGUUAAAAUACCAUACCAUACCAUACAGCCUAAAGACCGCGGUGUCUGGGAGGGUAGCCUGCGCGCAGACACUUUAAACCUUGUAUAUCCAUACUAUAUGCGAUACGUGGGCCGGCUGCACCGCAGGCUACCGGGAGGGGGGCUAUUGCCAUAUUUGGGGCUAUUUGGUAUAUGCCGUUAGUCUAGAAUAAAGAUAGAAAUCGGGGAGUCUGAACAAUUUUCCAAGAAACUGAUCAAUUGCAUUGUCUAUUGUAGGGUAAGAAAAUCAGCUGAACGUGGCCCAGUCAGGGGGGGGGGGGGGGGGAAUAGGCCCCUGGUCCCGGUAUGGGCGGGGGGUUUCAGGGUCCCAGCGGCAUAUCCCACCCAAAAAUUCCUAGAGUAUUCCCCCAGGCCCGGUGUGGUUUUGCACUUUUUCCGGGUUUUCGAAUGCAUAUUAAAAUGUGCUAGAGAGAGUUAAACAAACUUUGCAGUUUCGGAUCCAGGACUUGGAUGCAUAAUAUACAAAGAUGGUAACCCUUUGACUUUGACACCUAUGAUUGUCUGUACUAUUUUCUAGUGACUUCUUCUUCAUCGUUUUUUAUUGGAGGUUAAAUAGUGUUCCAAACAACUAGAGGCUUACUGACAGUUUACUUGUAAAACAGAGUAUGUAAUCAACAAAGUAAUUAAGACGGAAUCCACUAGGAAAUUGGGUAAUUUUAAUUUUCAGUAGACAAAAACUUUGUACCAGAAUAAAGAAUAUUGCAUUCAUUUUUUUUUUACAUUUUUCAAAGGCUAAAGACGUAAUAAAUCAUCUGCAGUAACACCAAAGAAAAUUUCUCAUGGUAGUUCGAGAAAAUGAAUGUCAAAUUUCACAAGAAUUGUGAUUACACAGGUAAAAUUCUGAAAAUUUCAUAUGUAAAUGUAAUUUUUGUGAAAUUUGAAUUAAUUUUGUCCAAUGAAAAUCAAAAUUACUCAAUGUCCUGGUGGAUUCCGUCUUAAAGCCAUUUUACCCUGAUGGCUGUUGCCCCCGGGGAAAGAACCUUUUUAUGUGUAACCGCUUUCUCCAAGGUAAAAUUGUCUCGGGGAAAUUUCCAUAUAUAGAUAAGCCAAAAAGAACGAACGAAUUACCUAUGACAGUUUCUAUGACGUUUCCCUCGAAGCCCUCGGGAGCUUUGGGAAAAAGUCUAGUGCAACAAAGUACGUUAAGGGUGAACUUAAGGGAGCCCGUACUAGGUACGUAUCCUUUAAGGUAGAAACUUGCAAAAGUGGUGAGUAUGUGCUGGUGUACCGAUAACGGAAGGAUUCACAAUUUUUGUAUAAAUUUUGCAAUAAUCAUGCACACUUGCAACCAUGGAAUCGAGGGACCAGGCGAUAUAAUAAUUACUUCAUAUGGUGUAAGUUAUGGCGUAAUGGGUUUAAUCUUCGCUACAGUUUGGGUGUUGUACCUCAUUACAUGAGUUAAUUUUUCGCGCGUUGAUAAAAUAUACGUAACCAAUCAAUAUUUGAUCUUUAUCGUUUGGAAGGAGCGGAAAUUACCUUAUUUGAUUCUUAAUUACUGAUUUAAGACGCCAAGAGUGUUUAAAAGACAGUACUGGAAAUACGUGAAUCGCAGGACCUCGCGUGGCACUUCGAGCGAACGGCAAGAAGUAGGAAAGGGAAAUAAGGCAGUAGGAAAGAAAAUUUAUAAAUUUAAGAAUUAAUGUUAUCCAAUUUUAUUACAAGCACUGGAUGAUAACCAUGUGUUGACGAGGCAACGAAGAACUUUUGGUAAAGCGGAUCCAGUUUGUCCUCAUAGUAAGUAAGAAUUUUAAGGGGUCUUCACUUGCUUAAUUAAUUGCCCCACUAAGAAGUCUUUUUUAGAACGUUGUUGUAUUUACAAGGCAAAAACGCUCCAUGUCUACCUCGUCAUCAACAACAACAACAACUUUAUUAACAGCAAUGAAAUACUUAGCAUACACACUACCUACCUUUAGCAAAAGCUUUUCGAGGCAGACAGUGUGGGGACGCUACAUACAUGAACUGAUACAUUUUGAGACAUUUUACGAGGAAAAUAAUAGAGAUUUACAGGACCUCGAGUUGAUUCUUCAGUUCUUAAUUAUUUUGCUCGAGAGCCUUUUGAUGCUAUCUGGCAUUAUAUAGUCGUUGGCCAAAUUUAACAAGCUCACAAGAACGAGGGAAAACAUACGUGUGCACCUUGCAAGCACACAUGCAAGGCGACCCAGUGUCCUCUCUCCUUUCCCUAGACUUCUUGCGAUAUCUCCCAACUGGAGAACUUUCUCGCACGCUCACGGUAGUAAGCUGGAGCGUAAUUGUCGGAACUUGACUAGGCUGUUGCUUAUUCCGUUAUAGUGACUAACGGCGCGUAUUUAGAGAGAUGGGACAGGAUAGACUUCAAACGAGUCAAAUUUCUCCUUAUGGAUCCACGCUAUCCACACCUGCCGUCCCAGUCACUUUGUGUUCCUGAUUUUCAUCAACCUCAGAACUGGACAGAUUUCUUUGGUGCUCGGAUGAGAACUUAUUUUAAGCCUCUUCAGUCAGGAUACCACACAUUUAUGAUUUGUAAGUAUUAAAGCAAUGGUUAGUGAAUACUUCUUACACUGGAAACUGUUGUAUGUCAGGGGAAGUCUUGCUUAUUAAAUAAUAAACAAAUAAAUAAAGUGCACCGUAAUACGUGCGAAAAGUAUAGUUGUCAGGUCGGUGAAACCUGAGAUCGCGAGACUUCUCUAAAAGCAGACUUUCAUCAGACGCUCUGAAUGAUGAUGAUUUAUUAAUAAAGAUAAUAAUAAUAGUAAUAAUAAUAAUGAUGAUGAUGAUGAUGAUGAUGAUGACGACAGACCAGCGUGACACGAAAUGGUUUAUUUUGCUCAUCAAACCUUAAACAAGAGACCUUUUGUCCUAGGUGGCAUCUGCCCGAACAGAGCCGAAGAAUGUUUGAAUAAUCGGAAACCUUCUAUGGGCGGGACAAACUUGCGUACCACGGGGGGUGGGGAGUGCUAAUUGAUCUGUGAAGAACGAAAUCUCACUAGGGUACCGACGAGAAUAGUCUAUAGCUCCUCAUUCAAGAGCUAUAGAGAGCUAUUCUACUAGAAGUAGCAUUCCAUAUGCAAUACUGACGUACACAAAUUGAUAGUCUUUGCUUCAGCUUCUUAACACAUCAGGCACUAAGGCAGUGAACUGUUCUGAAAACUUGAUCCGUUAGUCCCAUCAUUGACAUCAUUGCAUAUUUUUUAAUGAACCCGCCGCGUGCGUAGACUUCGCCCGAUACUAUUAUGCCGUUACUACAAAGAUUUCGUUCAUAGUUAUCCAAGCAGCGGAGAAUAGGUUCUCAAACAACUGGCUUUCUUUUUACGCGACAACGCGCUUUGAAUCGAAAAGGUGUGAUCUUUUUACUUCAGUAUACAGCACAGCACGUGCAUUAAGAGAAUGCGAGUUACGCACCAAGUGCCUAUGGUUUUUACUUACAGAGAGCAUAGUGGUUAUUAGAGGAGACUGGUUAUGAGAGACAACAAACAUCAAAUAUAAAAACAACGGUGCACAAUCCUUUGUUUUAUGGCAAAUCGUGACGAAAUAAAUUAAUGGGACGUAUUUACUGGUCAAAAACAUCCAAAUGCUAGGAAUGCUAUUGCACGUUCGUUGUACACCGUCAGGUCCACAAAAACAUAAAGCAAAGGAGUCUGACAGGUUUCAUAACCAUUCCAGAAUAUUAAUUAUGCACAGAGUACUAAAUUUUGUCAGUAGGCAAGAGUAAGCAAGUUCACACAAAUCCGAAAAUUUUUGAAGCCACAUACUUCCGUCUACAAGAAACUAGUGAAUGCGGUCACCGAAACCGCAUUGUUUUGAAACCGGUUUCAAGAAAAGUUUAACGUCCCGUCCACACGGAAUCCAGAUAAAAACUAUGCGGUUUUAAAAAUGUUCGGAUUCGUGUGAACAUGACUUAAGUGUAGCGGCAUAAGCUGUGUUUUAGUAGAAGUAAAAAAGAAGGUACGAUUUUUUUCAAUCUUUUGCUCACAUAAUCGUAUUCAUCACCAACACAAAAUACCCUUUUUAUAGAUCGAUUUGUUUCAUUUAACAACGAAUAACAAAACUAAGUACCCACGAUAGCUUGGUCAGUUUUAAUACAAUGAAAAAUGAUAAAUUAUAGAAUUAAGGUUCUGGAGGGUGUUAUCAACCGAAAUGUAAUUCUUCAUAUCAUACACGGCUUAAUAAAUAAUCAUAUUUUACUUUCUCUGACAGCAUCAAACGCUGGCAGUGAAUUGUAUAUCAGCCCAAAUACAGAUCCGAAUGACAAAAGAGAGAUUGCAUAUGUAGAUGGAGGUUUUCCCAGCAAACCAUAUGAGUACGAUAGGUAGGCAGAUAUAUAUAUAUAUAUAUAGCGCGUGCAAGUUUUCAAAUUUGUUCGUUAUCAUGUAAUAAUGGUGUGCUAUGCUUGUAACGGCCAUUCACCCUGAUGAAGGCCGUUUAACACGGCCGAAAUAUAGGUGAGAGACGGAAAACAUAUUGUUUUACUCUUCACUUGUGGUACUAUAUUUAUUGAGUUGUGAAGGGAGUGUCUUCUAAAAGAUGCUUGUGAUAGGUUAUAUAUAUAUAUACAGCAUUUCAUUCUAUUCCUAAAGGACCUAUUAGGCUGGCCGGUUUCUGUAGGCUCGCUUACCAGCCACUGCUCGAGGAAUGAGCGCGUUACUCCCUCAAGAAGGACCAAGACCGGACCCAAGAGAACGGAGGAGAUUUCCUAGGUCAUUGACAUUAAAAAAAAGUCUAUUACUUGCAAUUAACUACUCUAUUUAUCUGACUUACGUAUCUUACCCUUUUUAUUCCAGGUACGUAACCCAAACAUCUACCCCUGUUGAACUGAAAAAAGGAAAAUACUACUACAUGGAAACUGUCAUGAAAGAUGACCAUCAGCCUGAUCACUUAGAAGUCGGUCUUGUGACGCCAGACGGGACACAGUAUAGUUAUAUACCCGGCUCUAAAUUCUUGUGGACGAUGUUGCCAUUACAACCUUGUAUGUAUAGAAAGUGCAAGGCCUUUUUUAAGGGAUCCAUUAUAUUGGUCCAAGUUGAUUCAAUAUUGUUGAUUGUGGCCUGUUUGAUGCCUUUGAUCACGAAAGAUAUUGCAUGGAUGAUGUUUGACGAUGUUUGAUUAGAUUUAAAUUUGUUGAGACUGUUGUAGAAGGCCUAAAUGUAAUAAACGGUCCUAAAUGUAAUAAAGUCCUAAAUGUAAUAAACUCUCAAGCUGCCAAUUACAGUAAUUACUCGAAUAAGCCCUGCCCUCAAAUAAGCGCCGCAUUUGGAGGGGGUGGGAGAGUUAAUUAGCGGCGCUUAUACGAGUAAAUACGGUACUAAGCGGUAUUGCUAUGGUAUUAAGCUCCGCUCUCAAAUAAGCGCCGCAUUUUUGGAGAAAAAAGUUAAUAAAUUCGCGUAAAUUCGGUACAUUUCCUUAUGCACUGUGAAACUUAACGUUUACAAAUAAAUUGCUUGUAAACGGCAAAGUAACAGUAUUUUUCUAAAAAAAGCAAUAUUUAAGCGAUAGAAAACUUUUUUGUGAAACUUAACGUUUACAAAUAAAUUGCUUGUAAACGGCAAAGUAACAGUAUUUUUCUAAAAAAAGCAAUAUUUAAGCGAUAGAAAACUUUUUUACUGUUACUUUGCCGUUUACAAGCAAUUUAUUUGUAAACGUUAAGUUUCACAGUGCAUAAGGAAAUGUACCGAAUUUACACGAAUUAGCGCCGCGGCGCUUAUUAACUUUUUUCUCCAAAAAUGCGGCGCUUAUUUGAGAGCGGAGCUUAAUACCAUAGCAAUACCGCUUGGUAACGUAUUUACUCGAAUAAGCGCCGCGGCGCCACAUGCGGCGCUUAUUUGAGGGCUGGGCUUGUUCGAGUAAUUACUGUAGUUGGCAGCUUGAGUUUAUUACAUUUAGGGCAAAUUGUUAUUACAUUUAGGACAAAAUGUUAUUACAUUUAGGACUUUAUUACAUUUAGGACCGUUUAUUACAUUUAGGCCUUCUACAACUGUUGUCCCCAUCCAAAUGGACCUAGCACAAGCCAAAAAUAUUGGAUAACGUUGUACUAAUAUAUUGGGUCCAUUUGAGUGCAAUUGUAUUCAAAAAUAAAUGCUACUGACAGUUUCUCAGGAAGCAAUGACAGCUACGCGGUAACCGCGAAACCUCCUCCGAGUACAAUGUCGUAUUGUGUCAAAUUACGAUCAAUAAGUCCACUAUCCUAUGCUAUUGAUAUUCAGCCACAGUAGGUACUACAUAACGAAGAUGGUUUAAAACCGAGAAAGCCAUCUCACCCUCUUUUUCACUUCCUGACACAUAAAAAUUUUUUUUUUCUACUACAACGCGCUUUUGUAAAACUAGCUACAACAUCAAAUUCUGGAUCAAAGGCCAUUCUCCAGGCUGUUGUUCUUGUGCAAAAUCCAUGGGGCCUAAUUUAUCUUUUAUUGAUAAUGUUUUUCUAGCAAAAAAUGCUACCUACAAGGCAUAUUUGAUAAAGGUAGCGGCAUUGGCUGGGGCAAAAGCUGGCUCUUCAUUUGGUUCGAGCUGGGCAAUGAAAAGUGGUGCAAAAGCAGGCGCCAAGGCUGGUGCCAUGGCGGGAAUGGCGGCAGGCACAUCAGCUGGAGCCACAGCAGGGGUAACAGCAGCUAUUAAAACUGUGAUAAAAACACUGCAAGAGGGUUUAAAUGAACUUCAUGGUGACGACUUGCAUAAGUAUAAGAUCAAUGUUGUAAACGGUACCGUGGUGUCAGUAACUGGUCCCGGGAUUGGUGGAGCUGCAGGCACUGCGGGGACCGGUGCAGCAGCAGGGGCAGGGGCACCCGGGACCGCAGGGGCAGGUGGAACAGUAGGGGCCGCUGCAAGUGGUGGAGCAGCUGGGGCAACUGGAGCUGUAGGAGGCGCAAGUGCAGGGACUGCCGGAGCUGCUUCGGGAGGUGGUGUAGGUACCACUGUGGGUGUGGGAGGGGCCGCAGCAGGUGGGGCUGCUGGUGCUGCAGGGGGUGUUUCUGCAGGGGCCGGAGUAGAAGCUGGUGCUUCGAGUGGUGCCGUUACAGGCGGUGCAGGAAUGCCCGGUAGUGAGAGUACCACGGGAGCAGCAGGUGGGGUAGUAAGCGGGCAAGUCACAUCACCUGCCGGCGCUGUAGUGGCAGGUGGAGUUGCACUGGCUAGUAUAGCCAGAACUCCACCUCAGAAUACGACCUAUAUUCCAAAACCAGGAGAAGAUGCCCAGACUGUGGCAAGGACUCUCAUCUAUAAAGGAGGAGGAGCAAGAAAAAGUAAAUAACGUUUUGAUGUAACAACUUGGGCUAGCCAAUAGGUUUUUCGGGAUCCUUGAUUUUCUUUACUUGAAGCUCGGGAUUCGGGAUUUUAAAGCAAAAUGGGGGCGAGAUUCGGGAUUGAAAGUAUGCUUGGCUAAUGAGAUGCCAAAAAUAAAGACAUUAAUAACAAACCAGCAAAGAGAAAAGCGACUUGAGGUUUCCCGAUACUUCGAACGGACAAGCCGUCCUUCUUAAGGGGAUUUAAUGAAGAAUGGGAAAGUCAUUAUAGACGAGUAGCAGUUGGAAAUUUGAUACAAAGAUAAUUGGCUAAAAAAAAUAAAUGGGCCAAUAAUGAGAAACAAUUCAGACAAAUGCCAAAAAUAACCCUCAGGAUUACGGGAUUGCAAGAAAUUUUUGAGUCGGGAUUGCGGGAUUGAAGAACCCUAUUGGAGACCCUUAGGAGACUUUGUAAUUCCAGUAAAUGACGUUAUCGAAAGAAUUUUUCCGCAGCAUUCGGUUAGCCGUAAUGCUACUCAUGACAACGUGGAUAUUUCACACAAUCACCUUUGCAAUCAGCUAUCAAUUUGGGAAAUUUAAUUUGUUAUCCAUCUGUCAUUCAUUAACGUGCUUAUUUCCUAUACACUGUCAUCGUAAUUCAAGUUGUAGUGACUCAAGAAUGUUAAGACAUAACCCAAAUGCCUAAUUUCCAACCACAAAGAGUUUUAACUUAAGGAUUUACCUAAACAGCAUCCUUAAUGUCCUUGAAUCUUUUAGUCACCUGACCUGUUCAAACAUUUUUCGUAAGCAGGCGCACAUUGACCACCAAGAGGAUUAGUACAGUGAAGUGAAAACCAACAUAUUUCUAUGGUUUUCGUCUUGAAGAAUAUGUCCUGAAUGUCCGACUGCACUUUACCGUGAAAAAGUAAUUUUGAAGAAUAGGUCUCCUAGCAUUUUUUAUAGAUUAAUACCUCAAGUCCUAAAAGGUCAAGGAACUGUUUUUCUGCCUAACAUAAUAAGUGAUCGUUAAGGCUAAUAGCCAGAAUAGGACAUAGAAUGUACUUGCUAAAGUUGCUGACUUUGCGGGGGGUCAAAGAUCAUAGGACUGACCAUGUUUGAGGAAUCCUUUCUUUAUCUGACCCUAGAACUAUACUGUUCUUGAAUUUAAUCUUUUUUGUUUGUGUCGUUUAUUCAUUUCUUCUUUCCACAGUUGUGGCAAAUGCAAUGUAUACCUUUCAUUCAUUGGUCUUACCGUACCUUCAGGAAGAUUACUUCCUCAACUAUUGCUGGAGAUCAAAGGAUGGUCAGUUGUACUUGGAUGCCUGGUGUCAUGUUUUCAUCGCCCGCAUUCCCGCAUUGUAUACAAACACUCAAUCAAAAGACACUGUUUCCUUUGAAUCUGCUUGUGAACCUGGUUACUUUAUCAGACAAAAAAACUAUAAGUUUCUACUUAAAAAAAGAGAUGGCACGGAGCUGUUUGGUAAGAAACCAGAUUUUAUUGCAUGUUCUACCGUUUGAAGAAAACAUGAAUUCUUCCCUUUUAAAUAUUAAUUUUAAAAUUUUGGUAUUUGGCUAUUAAAACUAGAACGUACAAAACUAUUUAGACUCCUAAGCACACUAAUGUUCUGAAGAAAAUUUGAAAUAUUCUCAAAAUAUCAAAUUUUGGAGUACCCUGGGUACCAGAGUGUUCUCACGCUUGAAAUGUUUAGGGACCGCCGGGUCAUUAUUUAUCGCCUGGGGGGCCUUUGAACGUUAUUUCACUGAAGUGACCCCCCCUAAUAAAAUUGGAUGACUUUCGCGAUCCCCCCCCGUAUGUCUUUAUUUUCCAAGCAUAUUUGAGUGGUCCCCCUCUGAAUCCUUCCAAAGUUUUCAGUGAUCCCCCCCUUUUGGGUUCUCAGUUACGACUGAUCCCCCCUUUUGUUCUCCUAAAAAUCAAGUGAUCUCCCCUAAAAUCGUCCGCCUCCCACUCCGGCGAUAAAUAAUGACCGGUCCCUUACGCGAUACGGCGGGAUACUUUGUCGGCCGCAGCCAGAAACAACGCUCUGCGCUCGCUCUAGCUUGCUCACUUCGCUCUCGCGCCGUCGAAUUGUCGAAAAAAAGAAAGAAAAACGUCUGUAGACAGGCUUUUCCUCUGACGUUUGACAAUAUAGUGAUCAUGGGAUUUUAGGGACGGACCAUUAGAAAACUUAUGGGAGGGGGCGGGCGAAGUGCAAAAAAAAAAAAUUCAUGCACGCCAAUUAAUCCUAAAAAAAUAUUCAUGCUAUGGGCUAAAAAAAAUUCAUACAAGGAAUUUGAUAACGAAAAAAAAUUCCUGCGGCUGGAAAAUUCCCCUCCCUCCCCAUAACUUUUCUAAUGGUCCGUCCCUUAGGAGUUGAACUACCCUUUGAGGGUCUCAAUGGGGUUAACCGUCAGCUGUCUAACGGCCUAAAAAUUAACCAUCAACCGUCAAAGAUGCAGGUCAAGAUUAACUGUUAAAAAGUUUCAAAGUAUUUCGAAUCUCACUAGAUCAGCUGAUCUCCAAGGACUAAUCCGGCUCCUAGAGAAUUUCUAAGCUGCAAAAACCAGUUCCCACAUCCUCAAAAACACUCUUUCUAAACAUUACUGAACAGUACCUUACAACCUGGUUAUAUCGGAAAACAUUUUGAAAUAUUAUAAAUGAAAAGACCAACACAACCCUCAAAACAUAUCAGUUAAUAUUAAAUCAUACACAAGUUAAUAUUUACAUCAACUUACAUCGACUGGACUAAAUUUCUACUUUAAAAAAAACCGUCAACCGUCAAAAGCUCUGAAAUUUAACCGUCAGCCGUCAAAAUUGAAAAAAUUUACUGCCAACCGUCAAAGUAGCCUGUGAACAGGCCUUUGGUCCCCCCAAACAGAGAACCUGUUCACAGGCUACCGUCAAAGCUACCAUUCCUUUGAUACCCUCCCAUUUGGCAAGGGACUCUUAUGAGGCGCUAUAUUGUGGGACAGCUAGACCUACCAAAGGUUUCCUGAAGUGCACAGUCGCGUUCACCUUCACCCUUAGCCUUUCCUCUAGCGGUCGGAAAGUUCACUGAUGAGAUAGCCUUGAGCUGGUUUUGUAUCCCCAAAUAGCUGAUCAUAGCUGUAAAUGGCUUUUAUAUCACCAAAAGAAAGCCGAAACUGUUUAAUAUAUUUUUCAUUCAUUGCUCUGAUAUACGUUUUAAAAUAAACAUUUUCAGAUAAGGAAAGUUCAUUCACCGUUUACAAUGUCAUGAAGUAUACUCGAAAUUUAAUGUUUCAUUCGACGCACAAAGAUUGGUAUAUCUGUGAAAAUGCCGCAAAGAGGAAAAAUAUGCACAAGAAUUAUAACCUAGUGCUAGAUUUUUACAAAGGUCAGCCAGACGUUCUUCCACGCUGUAGCUUCAUAGGCGAACCACUUCCAGAAGGCGUGGAUAAGCGAAAGAACUGUUAUGGCGUUCUCGGACCAGUAGAAACUCCAGCGAUUAGUGGGCAACCGCUCUCGCACCCGGCUGGUUUGGUCCCGCCGCCAACACCAUCACCGCUCGUUGGUCUUCUAGCAUGUCUGCCAGUUUGCCAAGCGACUGCUACGACUCCACUUCCUGGGAUUACAAGUGCUCCUAUCCCAAGCAGACGUAAGUCAUUUCCGUAUUUCCUUAACUCUUUUUUUUUAACGGUAAUUAACUUGUGACAAAUAUUUAGCCUGCUUUGCAGCCGGCCCACGCACAACCUCGUUCCCACGGUUGUCUCCUACCCGCGCGAGGUUGGCCCACGCGCUCGUCUAAACCACGUUUCACACUAUCACAAGCUCAAUAAUCGUCUCUUGUCACGAGCUAUUAGUCGUGUUUGGCCUGUCAUCACUCAAUUCAAAUCGGACUAAUCACAAACCGCCAAGAAACUAGCCAAUCAAAAACGCCGACAUAUGUCGUUACGACUCUGCGGGAUUCGAACAAGGUGAUUCGAACACGAUAUUGUACCAGCCUCCUCCCCAGGCGCUUCGUUUUUCGCAUGGCAGAGGCGAGCGCGAAACGCGAGUGACUGGUGAUGAACCGCAAUGGACCAUGGGAAGGGUACAGACAGCAGGCGAAGUUAGGCAGGCGAAGCGACGUCUCGCCCGUUGUCUCCUUCCCGCCUUCCUUUGCGCGCACAUCGAAGAGAGACGUCUGGGUACGAGGCAGAUAUUGUACACUAUAAAUUCGCGUACGCUCUAUACAGAAGGUUUAGAGCGUCUGCGACGCAUGUGCAGGCAAUAAAUAGUUUACUGUUUAAAAGAUAUACAUGCGCAGUUAGUGGAUAUAACCCUUUUAUAUCGUUUUCGUGCCAAAACACCGACACUUCAGUCGGUAAUAAAAACGAGUAGCGUUGGAUUAUCUAUAGGUAUAUGGAACAAUUUCGUUAACUUCAGAAUAGCCUGCAAUUGAAUGCGAAAGUAGACGGUUUCUAAUCAACCUAUGCCGGUGGAAGCCUAAUAAAACGAACUGGACAAAUAGUUGUUUCACUAAAUGAGCAUGUUUAUCUUUUUAAUGAACAACUUUCAUGGUAAGAAACAAUGACUAAGAGGAAGAUGCAAGAAACAGACGAUGUCGCAAUAACGCAAUUUCCGAAAGCGUUUAAGAAAUUGACCAUAAUAACAAAGGACCAAUCACCGUGGAACAUCAAUUUGCUACAUAAACUUUUCACGGGGCUCGACACUUUCAGAUUCCAUUAACCUCGAGUGUUCACUAACGUCCGCCAAUUCAAUAAAGUUGACCUUUCAGUAUAGAAGCUCCUUCUUCCUUACUUUUCCUUUCGUCCAAGUUUCUCUUGAAGGGAAAAUACUUUAGACCAGCCUAGUCCCCAGGCGUUUUCGGUUCGGUCAUUCCUGGACUCUACCAUGCCAUGAGCUGUGACGUCACCGAGAGAUACUCGCAGACUUCGCGCAGACAACGGAUAAAGAGAGAACGCUUAGGGGAUCUUAGGGACUAGGCUAACUUAAGACGAUUAUUGCCCCUGCAAAUAUCUAUCUGCAGUAUCUGUGGUAACCGUUCAUGAGUAGGUUGUUGCCGCCUAAAAUGUGCGCAAUUUCAAUUUUGUUUCGGCUCCAAGCGUGGCUAUAACCGCCCUUUCACUACCAGAAUGAAUGAUGGAAUCUCAAAAGAUGACUCUAACUUUUGAGUCUGGAUGAAAUCCUAUGGUGUGGCCAUUCAAAUGAAACCUCUUUCCCAGUAUUUUAUGACAUGGUGCUAUUUGUUUUUCAGCAUUCUACAAAAGAAAUUUGGAAUUUUUGUCGAAAUUUGACUUUGGCCACUUUUGGCGGUGAGCGGGUUAAGUCGCUUAAGCGUGUUCGCUUGACCUGUCGCUGAUAUGAUCCUCCAUCUCUACUGGAUCUGUUUCAUUACUUUGUGGAACGGAUGUAGACUACGAGCAGUCUCUCUUUUUUCUUGGUCCGUCGAGCAAAACACCCGAGACACGCAAAUAACCACGCGCGUGACUAAAGGUGCGAGACGGAAGAGACUCGACAUUAUAUUCCUUUUUCUUCUCGGGCUGCCGCCCUCGUUUCUCGCCUCUCGCGGCUUCGCCGCUCAACGCUCACGCGCGCGUGCACUCCUCUUACAGAGAGACUGCUCGCAGUCUAGAACGAAUGUAUCAGUCACCAUCACCAGCCCCAACGGGUUCUAAGAAGAGCAUUCAUGGAAAUAUUCACUUUUUAAGUCUUUUAAUUUCAGCUGCAUGCGUCACAUUGAACUUCAUCAACCUCUUGGGAUUUCCAUUUAAACUGCACUCUUCUCUUAAACACGAGGUAUAUCUCGUCACUGGAUCUGGCUUUAAACUGAGGUUUUACAUAGACCGACCAGAGCUGCACAGUCACGUGAUAUUUUAUGCCGAAGACCCAGCUGGAAAGCGAAAUGUCCUUCUGAAUGGGCAGCCAAGUAUUACAGAGCGGGUGGUUUCUGAUUGUCCUCACUUUGUGGAGGUGUUAGUGACAGCCCAGCAAGGUUAG